AUGAACAACAACUUUUUUGAAGGGACCUUGCCUAGAGAAAUAAGCAAUUUGAUCAACGUAAUCCUGAUCGCUUUUGAACACAAUUCCUUAACCGGAACCAUUCCACCUUCAAUAGGAACUUUGCCAAACUUACAGUACAUUUUGCUACAUGAAAACAGAUUCUCAGGAAACAUACCAGAGUCUCUUGGAAACUUGACAUAUUUGGCUGAAGUUCAUCUCUUAGAAGGGACCAUUCCUUCAAGCUUCGGAAACUGUCAGCGUCUUCAGUUGCUAGACCUUUCAGUUAACUUGCUUAAUGGUACCAUUCCAAGAGAUAUAUUUCAAAUCCCGAGUUUCGGUAAGGUCUUGAACCUGUCUUUCAAUUCUUUAACCGGAUCCGUUCCGCCCGAAAUCGAUAUGUCUAGAAAUUCGUUUCAAGGAACCAUACCAAAUUCUUUGGACAAAUUGAGAGGGAUGGAGUAUAUUAGCCUUUCUUCAAACAAGCUCACCGGUAACAUACGGGCUUCUCUAGAAUCUUUAAGGUUCUUGCAAGUUUUAAACCUGUCCAGGAACCAACUCUCAGGGGAGGUUCCAACAGCAGGGGUUUUCGGAAACUUGACAGUCAUUUCCCUUUCCGAAAAUCUCGAGCUUUGUGAUGGAGUACCUGACUUAGAACUACCCAAAUGCGAUUCUCCUGGAGAAAAGUUCAGCGGUUCGAGAUUAAGAAUUGUACUAAUAGCGUCGUUUGCAUUCAUCUUGGCUUCUGUGUUAGUCUUUUGGUUUGUGAGUAGAAAGAAGGAUUCAGGCGUCCAUCAGGUUAAGGAGUAA